AUGCACACGCUCGGCGAUCUCGAGAACGCGCAGCCGCUGGCGGACUACUCCCAAUAUGUUAACCGGUUUACGGUGCCAGAGCUGCCGCACUGCGGCGGGGAUGCCUUAACGAUCGAGAUCUGCGUCCAAUACGGCCAGGGUGCAGCACGAUGCCCGAGAGCAGACUGGCGGGACGAGUCGUCGGUGCCGCUGGGCGUAGACGCCGGCGGGACGGCGCGCAAACAGGCGCAAACGGAAUCAGCGCGAGGCGGUUGCCAACAAGCGCGCGUCGCGAAGGCCAGGUACUUCGUGCACCGUCCACCGCUCAUACAGGCGGGCCUGCUGAGCAUCAUCCUCAUCGGCCCCCGUCCUCCCCUUUCUCCCUCCACCACCGCCCUCUCUUCGCCAAGAAUGUCCUUCUUCUCACGGAAGAAGCACAAUCCCCCACCCCAGGUCGCAACCGUCUCUGUCGUCCAGAGCCCCAGCGCAGCCCUCGCCCAGCUCCAGCAGCCGCCGAACCCCCAAGGCCCGGCGAAACAGCUCGCGAAGGAGACCAGCUACGAGAGCGCCCUCAAUGGACGAGGCAGCCCGAACGUCGCCAUGAAUGGCGUGCCUCCGCAAGUCCAGCGCGAGCGCCAGGGCCGGAACGGUAGUGUGAACGUUGACUCUGUCAAUGGUAGUCCUUUGGGCGUCCAGCAGACCGCACCACAGCCCCCCGUUCAAGGCCCAUCUGGCCAGCAGCAACCGGCCCAGCAACAGCAGCAGCAGCAGCAGCGACCUGCUUAUCCAUGGUCGCAACGUCGGCUAUUGCUCCCACCUCCAGUCACCAUCCCGAAGCCGGGCGUCGCUCCCCCAACGAACCCAUCACCAUCACCCUUCCCUCGGUACGGCCACGCACUGCCUGCUACGGCCACCGCGACAGGCGAACUGUUCUUGUUUGGCGGCCUUGUCAGAGAGACCGUCAGGAACGACCUGUAUCUGCUGUCGACCAGGGACUUGUCAGCGACGCUCCUGCAGACAGCGGGAGAAGUGCCAAGCCCCCGCGUCGGACACGCAAGCGCGCUUGUUGGGAGUGUUCUCAUUGUUUGGGGCGGUGACACGAAGACAAGUGGGAAGGCGAAGCCUGGGGAUAAGCAGGAUGAUGGGUUGUAUCUGCUGAACCUUGUGUCGCGAGAAUGGACACGGGUAGCGACGUAUGGCCCUGGUCCCGUUGGCCGGUAUGGUCAUGCUGUCACUAUGGUCGGAUCCAAGUUCUACAUGUUCGGUGGCCAAGUGGAUGGUGAAUUCUUGAACGACCUCUGGGCGUUCGAUCUCAAUUCCCUCCGAACCAAGGCCAUGUGGGAACUUGUUGAGCCCGCAGAGGGUUCUCCACGCCCCGCACAGCGAACGGGACACGUCUGCGUGACCCUCGAGAACAAGAUUUUCCUCUUCGGCGGUACUGAUUGCCAAUAUCAUUACAACGAUACAUGGGUCUUCGACACCAUCACUCAUAUGUGGUCGGAGCUGACGUGCAUAGGCUUCAUCCCAUCUCCAAGGGAGGGCCACGCUGCUGCUCUAGUUGACGAUGUCAUAUAUGUGUUCGGUGGUAGAGGCGUCGAUGGGAAAGAUCUCGGUGACUUGGGCGCGUUCAAGAUCUCUAACCAACGAUGGUAUAUGUUCCAGAAGAUGGGACCUGCACCGACUCCUCGCUCUGGGCAUGCCAUGGCAUCAAUGGGCUCUCGCGUAUUCGUGCUCGGAGGCUUAGGCGGCGAGUCGCUCGGGAACCCAGCUAAGCCAGAAGACCCGACCCUCGUCCAUGUCCUAGAUACGAAGCAUAUCAAGUAUCCCAAUUCGGACAAGGCUAACGCCGCUGCGGCUGCUACUGGUGGAGCACCAGCUCGGAAGAUAUCGCUCACAGGCCCGCAGGCGGCUAUCGGUUCGACUGUCAACGGAAGCCGACCAAUCUCCCCUGAGCAACAGAUGUCCGAUGUUGAGGAGGUCCGCAGGGCGCUGUCUCCAUCGAACACGAGAUCAAGGACCCCCAACGGCGUGACACAACAGGCGUUGUCAAGCGUUGCCCAGGGCAAGAUGAGGCGGGGCAAUGACGAUAUGGACGGCGGCGACAGCAGCCCUGAGCAGUCUAGUACCGACGUGCGAGAGCGUGCUCGGACGCCAGAUCAAGUCCAAGGCCGUGCGAAGAGUCCACCGCUUUAUACUGUUGCCAGUCGUGGAACAUCUCCUGUUGGACCUGGCGAUGGUCAGGAACCCAUCAGCAUGGCAACUGCGAUGAUGAGCAGGAAUGGCAUCACAGGGCGAAGUCCAUCCCCGAGCGUGGACAGGAGCAGGGCGCCUACGGACGCGUUCUACGCGGCCAAGUCUGGCUCGCCUGUUCCGAACGGGUCGCCGUAUGGCAAGCCUUCGACGGGCAACGUGACGGCCGAUCUCAUCCGGGACCUCAAGCAGAAGGAGGCAGAGAUGGAAGCGAUCAAAAGGCGGGAGGCGUGGAUGCGCGCGGCCCUGUCCAAGGCGGCGCGCUCGGGCUUCAUGUACGACCAGUCGGAAGGUGACGUGCUUGCGAGUGCGGACGAGGACGACAUCGACGGCCAGAAGGUCGCGGAGAUGAUCGUCAGCUUUAAGCAGCUGCAUGCCAAGUUGCAGGCAAGCCUCAUCGAGCAGGCUCACGCAGCGUCUGCGCGCGUUCAAGACGCCGAGACUAUGCGGGUUAGUGCUCUGCAGGAAGCCGCUUUCUACCGCGCGAAGGUUGCUGCUUUGGAGAGCGGUUCUGGAUCGGACAUCGCGCGUGUGGAGCGAGAUCGUGCCGCUGAGCUUGAACGGCAGCUUUCAACUUCGAUCGCGGAGCAGGCAGAGGCACGCGCCGACGAUGCGCUCAAACGGGCUGAUCUGUUGUCCCAGUCGCACGAUCGUCAUUCGGAAGCAUUCAGGACCUUGCAGGAGAAGCACGCGAACACUGAAUCUAUGCUGAGGGAACAUGAAGAUCGUCUCCUUGCGCAGAGCUCCAUCAUCGAGCAACGCGAGGCCGACCACCUAAGGGCCGAGACCCAGCUCAAGGAGCUCUUGUUUUCGCAUGAACAGCAUAUCCGAGCCCUUGAGCAGGCGCGAGCGGCCAUGGAGGCUGCAUCUGCCCGGGCCUCCGAAGUCGACCGCCAGCACGUUCAUGCACGCGAGCAGGCGGGUCAGCUCGAGGCAGAUCUUGCGGACCUUCGCGGCGAGUUGGAGGCGCGUACGACCGAAGUCGAGAAUGCUCGCGUUCGCAUCUUGGAGCUCGAGAACUCGUGGGCCAAAUCUCGCGAGGAGUCAGACGCGCUUCGUGCUGUUACUACCGGAAGCUUGGGCGAGCUGCUUGACUCUCACCGUGACCUGAAGAGUGAUGAGGAUCGUCUUACUCGGGGUCACGCGGAGAAGGUCGAGGCACUGCAGCGCGAGAUCGCAUCUCUGCGCGACAUGCUGAAGGACGCAACGCGGCGUGCGGAUGAGACACAGUCGGAGCUCAACCGCGAGCGCCGUAAGGCGCAGGAAUCUGACUCCGAGACGUUGUCCUUACGUUCUCAGAUCGCCGGUCUCAGGAUGCAGUUGUCAAAUGCGCUGGCCGAGGGUGGCCGACUACGCAAAGACCUCCUUGCAAAGGAUACCGAACUCCUUACACAUGUCAAGGAGGCUUCCGCUGCGACCAUGCGACACGAAACGCUCCGCAAAUAUCUGGCUGACCAUGGCAUCGUGGCCGAAGGCGAAGAUCUGCCCUCCCCUUCAGGAGGUGUGUCGCCGGCGCGACUCGCAAAUCUGGAGAACAAGCUGGGCGAGACGGUGCGCCUGCAAGAGAUCACAGAGCGCGAUCUGCAAUCUGCCUUGCGGCAGAAAGAGGAAGCGGAAACUCAGCUGGAUGCGCUUUCAGCGGAGUUGGACCGGCUGCGUGCAUCUCGCAGUCCUGUGCAUCAGAACGGCGUGGACAGCGGCACUGAGGCACGCGCUCUGGAGGCCGAACGUAGACUCGAGGAGAGUGAAGCGAGCUACAAGGCUCGUUUGCAGCAGCUCGAGGAGGACUAUCAGUUGGCGGUUCAUUACGUGAAGGGGACGGAAAAAAUGAUGCGUAAAAUGAAGGACGAGCUAACCAAACAGAAGGCUCUCAAUCAAAGUAUACAAUCGGAGCUCGAUCGUGGAUCAAGUACCGAGCCGGCUUCAUCGACCUCCUCUCGUAUUCGCGGUGUUAACGGCCGUGGCACGCCUUCAUCAGACGAUGGCCACGAACUCCUACGGAGCCAGCUUUCAGACGCCCAUCGCCAAGUCCAACGUCUUAACAGCGAUAACCGGGAGCUACGCGAACGUAUCGAUACUCUCGAGCGUGACCUCGAGCACAUGCGAGACAACGUCAUUGUGUCUCAGCGCGAGUCUGACGAGCGCCUCUCCCGCAUAGAGGAGCUCGAGCAAGACGUUGAGCGGCUACAAAACUCCCUGGUCAUCGCUCGUGGUGGUCAUGAUGAAACGUUGCUCGAGCAGCUCAGCCACGACAACACAACCCUCAAGCGGGAGAAUGAACAGCUCCAGCAUAAAAUAGGUCUCCUCUUGGAGGUAGAUCAGCCUGCGUUUGGUCAUGGACGACCGAUCUCUGGUGUCUCAGAUCGACCGGUGAGCACGUCUAGUUCAGAAAACGCUAUGGCGUUUGAGCACUUGUCCACCCAGCUGGAUGACUGGCAACGACAGUUGGCUAGCUCGAUGAGUAAUAGGCGACCUCUCAUGGACUACGAUUCGAAUUCGACGGGACAUGAGCGUACGAGAUCUCGUUCAUGA